CAUCGAACUCGAAGACUACAGGGACGAAGAGUCCAUUUAACCAAUUUGAUUACCUUUAACUUGAAGUUAAGACUCUGAUCAAGGAAAGAUAACCACUAAACCACGUCAAGUCACAGUCAGACACAGUUCUCUUAUCUCCAUCACCAACGAUCGUCCGUCGCCACUCCACCAUCAUCCACUCAGUUCAAUAUUCAAUCCGAAAAAGGUUUUCGUUUGACUGCAUCCGCUAGAUUUCUCAUCAUGAACUGCGAAGUCUGCCAACUCAAAGAAUUGGAAGUCGAACACUAUGAAUUGCGAGAAGUUUUACGCUGCAUAUUACACACAAUUGUGUUUCAACGGGCAUUAGGUCUUGUGCGGCCUAAGGACAUUGAUCUAGAACUGUUUGAAAUCACAUAUGUGCAAUGUGGGGAUGCGGAUGUUGAAAAGAAAAUAGACGAGAAGAUUGAACAAUUCAUAAGUUGGGUUGAAAAACACCCCAACAAAAAAAGUCAAAUAUGUUUAUCUUUCUAUGAAGUCAAAAAAAGUAAACAGUCAUGGUUCCCUAACAAGAUUGAACGCCUAUAUUGGGAACAGUGGUAUGUGAACUUGAAUGUGUCCCAACUCCCAAGAGCACAUUCUAGUAAGUCUCAGCAUUCCAAAGUUAUUGUUGAUCCUGGAGAGAAUGCAUCAGAGGAGCGAAGUGCUCGCCGGGCAGCACUUGAAGCUUCUCUUCGCGAUGUUUUAUUUCAAAUAAUAAAAUUUGUAAAUGAGAAAAAGGACCAUGUUCCCCCUAUAUCUGAGGGUGUCAUUUAUUUUCCAUUUGAAAUAACUAUGCCAAGUUCAUCGGAUUCUGCUUUUGGGAUGGAUAUGAUAAAGAGAAUGCUGCAGACUGGGCAUCCAACCAUGCUCAGCUGAUGAUAGAGUCGGGGAGCUGAAUCACUUCUAAAUAAAAAUGAUAAAUUAUGCCCCAUUGAUUACAAUAUUUACCAUUAAGUGGAGGAAAUCCCUAUUUCAAGGAAAGCGUAGAGGUGAAGUAGUAAUUUUCAUUUUUCUCGUUAAUAGCAUUGCUGUCUGCAGUUCAUGAUUUUCUGGUUUUUUAGUGUUGUGUAUAAAAGCAAUUCAUAGGUGAAUGUUGAGAUACACCUUCUUUGUGAACACAGCUUUCUUCUUCUCUUUUUAACUUAAAUAUAUAUGUAUCUUCCUAAACAGGUGCUAUGAAUCAUGAUGUUGCCUUUUUCUUUUUAAA